CCGCCCGGCACUCCGCGGCGACCCCGGCUCCGACGCUCCUCGCAGCCUGCGCCUCGCUCGCUUCCUCUGCAACCAUGUCUGACAAGCCCGAUAUGGCCGAGAUUGAGAAAUUCGACAAGUCGAAAUUGAAGAAGACAGAAACGCAAGAGAAAAACCCACUGCCUUCGAAAGAAACGAUUGAACAGGAGAAGCAAGCAGGCGAAUCGUAAUGAGGCCUGGGCCACCAAUAUGCACUGUACAUUCCACAAGCAUUGCCUUCUUAUUUUACUUCUUUUAGCUGUUUAACUUUGUAACAUGAAAGCAGUUGGAUCGAGUUUGAAUGACUGUGCUGCCCCUUUUCACAUCGAAGAGAACUACUGCCAAGGAAGGCGCGCCUGCCUCUCCCAUCUGCCUGUCAGGCUGCGGGGAAGGGAAAGAACUGGCAUGUUGGCGAAGGAAGAAGCUCGUGGGACGACAGUGAAAUCUAGCGUAAACACCCCGUUGGUCCAAGGUGUCCUGCAGGCUGUCCAAUGCAGUUUAAUCAGAGUGCCAUUUUUUUGUUCAAAUGAUUUUAAUUAUUGGAAUGCACAAUUUUUUUAAUAUGCAAAUAAAAAGUUUUAAAACCU